AUGGCACCACACGCAGACAAGGACAACUUUCCUGUCCGCAGCGGCGGCAACCCUCCGGCCAACGACCGGUACCAUGCCUCGUCGACCAAGAGCGCCAUCGCCGCCGAGAACGAGUAUGCCGCCCACAACUACCACCCGCUCCCCAUCGUUUUCGCGCGCGCCCAGGGCGUCCACGUGUGGGACCCCGAGGGCAAGCAUUACCUCGAUUUCCUGUCGGCCUACAGCGCCGUCAACCAGGGCCACUGCCACCCGGAGCUGAUUAAGGCGCUGACCGAACAGGCCGGCCGGCUGACACUGAGCUCGCGCGCCUUCCACAACGACGUGUUCCCCGUGUGGGCGCAGAAAGUUCGCAAUCUGUUCGGCUACGACAUGGUGCUGCCCAUGAACACGGGUGCUGAGGCCGUCGAGACAGCCGUCAAAAUCGCCCGCAAGUGGGCCUACAAGGUCAAGGGCGUCUCCCCGGGGCGGGCGCUCGUCUUUAGCGUCGCCGACAACUUUCACGGGCGGACGAUGACAGCCAUCUCCCUCUCGCUCGACCCCGAGUCACGCGACAACUACGGCCCCUACCUGCCCAACGUCGGCGCUAUCAACCCGACGACCGGCGCCCAGAUCCGCUACAACAACAUUGCCGACCUGGAAGCCGUCCUCUCGGCCCACGGCGCCGACACAGCCGCCUUCAUCGUCGAACCUAUCCAAGGCGAGGCGGGCGUCGUCGUCCCCGAUGACAACUACCUCUCGCGCGCGGCGCAGCUCUGCAAACAGCACAACGUCCUGCUCAUCUGCGACGAGAUCCAGACGGGCAUCGCGCGCACGGGGCGUAUGCUCUGCUCCGAGUGGGCCGGCAUCAGGCCCGACAUGGUGACGCUGGGCAAGGCCAUCUCGGGCGGCAUGUACCCCGUCAGCUGCGUGCUGGCGAACAAGGACGUGAUGGGCGUGAUUGAGCCUGGCACGCACGGGUCGACGUACGGCGGGAACCCCCUGGGGUGUGCCGUCUCGAUCCGGGCGCUGGAGUUGGUGGAGGAGGAGGGGUUGGUUGAGAAGGCUGAGAGGUUGGGGAGGGUGUUUAGAGAGGGCGUCGAGGCUUUUCGGUCGCCCGUCGUGCAGACUGUCAGGGGAAAGGGGUUGCUGAACGCCAUCGUGAUUGAUGAGAGCAAGGCAGGCAGUAGGACGGCGUGGGAUUUGUGUUUGUUGUUGAAGGAGAAGGGGGUGCUGGCUAAACCCACGCACGGUAACAUCAUCAGGUUUGCGCCGCCCUUGGUUAUCACCGAGGAGGAGCUCCGCGGCGCCAUCAAGGUUAUUGGGGAGGCGUUGGCGGAACUGCCCACGGCGCAGAUAAGCGAGGGUCACUGA